UAUGCAAACCCUAAUUCCCAUCAUCUAAUUAUUUUCCAAAACAAUGGCUUCAAAUUUAUCCAUCUUAACCAUCAUCUUCAUCCUCUACUUCUCUUCUUCUUCUUCUUCCAUGGCAAACUUACUGCCGCCAAUCUUCAACACACCAGAAACCCUAUGCACUUCAACUCCAAAUCCACUCUUCUGCAAAUCCUUUUUACCAUAUAACAAACCCGGCACCAUUCAUGACUACGCCAAAAUUUCCAUUUCUUUAUCUCUAACAAAUUCAAUCAACUUUCUUUCACUUGUUCAGAGCUCCUUAACCCUAAUUCCUUCUUCUUCUUAUCAAUCCGCCGUUUACGCUCUCGAAGAUUGCCAAUUCUUAGCUCAACUCAACAUCGACUCAUUGUCAUACGCACUCGACACUAUAAACUCGAGUAAUGAUAAUAACUUGCAACUCAAGUUAUCUACUGAUCUAUUAACAUUUCUCAGUGCUACUUUGACUAAUCAAGAAACAUGUCUUGAAGGGCUUAAAUCAACAUCAACAGCUCCGGAAAAUGUCUUGAAUGGUCUGUUAGGUCAUCUUCUUGAUGGAAAAAAUUAUUUCAGUACUUCUUUAGCUCUUUUUAACCAGGGUUGGAUUCCUAAAUUACUGCAAGGUAAACUUCCAACAGAGGGUUUAGUGAGAAGUUUGCCUUUUGGGAGAAAAUUACUUCAAGAAUUUACAAAUGGUGUCUUUGUGAGAACUACGGUGGUGGUGAAUCCGUACGGUGGUGGAGAUUUUAAUACUAUUAGCGACGCGGUGGCUGCUGCGCCUAAUAAUACGGUUAUUAGCGACGGAUAUUAUGUAAUUUAUGUGGUUGCUGGGGUUUAUAAUGAGUAUGUUGUGAUUGAUAAGAAAAAGAAAUUUUUGAUGAUGAUUGGAGAUGGUAUUAACCAAACUAUAAUAACUGGCAAUAAGAAUUUUGUCGACGGUUGGACCACAUUUAAUUCUGCCACAUUUGUUGCGGUAGGGCAAGGUUUUGUAGCAGUGAACAUAACAAUUCAGAACACAUCAGGACCAGAAAAACACCAAGCAGUAGCACUCAGAAACGGCGCUGAUCUAUCAGCAUUCUACAAAUGCAGCUUCGAAGGCUAUCAAGACACUCUAUACACUCAUUCUCUACGCCAAUUCUACCGAGACUGCGAAAUUUACGGCACCAUAGAUUUCAUAUUCGGCAACGCAGCAGUUGUUCUACAGAACUGCAUAAUUAUUUCAAGAUUACCAAUGAGUAAUCAGUUCAAUACCAUCACAGCACAAGGCCGAAUCGACCCGAACCAAAACACGGGCACUUCGAUUCAGAAUUGCACUAUAAUUGCAGCUCAAGAUUUGGCGUCAAGCAAUAUAAAAACUUACUUAGGACGGCCAUGGAAGGAGUAUUCAAGAACGGUUGUUAUGCAAUCUUUUAUUGAUGGCUUAAUUGAUCCUACUGGUUGGGCUCCAUGGUCUGGUGAUUUUGCUCUUGCUACGCUUUAUUAUGCUGAGUUUGAUAAUUAUGGGCCGGGGUCGGAUGUUAGUAUGAGAGUUGACUGGCCUGGUUAUGAUCGGAGUAUUACUGCUGCCGGUGCGGUUAACUACACUGUAUGGGAAUUUAUACAGGGAGAUGGGUGGCUGCCGGCGACUGGAGUGCCAUACUUUGGAAGUCUUUAAAUUGUUAUGCACGAUCUGCAUUACCGGUGGCUGCCGGCAGAGUAAUUUCUUUAAAAAAAUUCUGUUUAUUUUGAGUGGCAUCCCAUUAUUCCUCAAUUGUUGUGAGGAAACAUGAGAUAUUGUUGUUGAUUAAGUCAGAGAAUGAAAUUAAUUAUUGCAUUUGCAUAGAAGUAAAAGGCAUGCACGUUUGAGACAAUACUAGAAAAGAAAGAUUUUGUACUAA